AAGUCAUUUUGAUCACCCUGAGCUGCCCUGAGAACCUUUGGGCUGAGAUAUAAAUGAAUAAUGACAAAAGCUGAUAAUUUCUUCCAAUCAGGUGAAGCUGAACUUGCCGAGAUUCCGGAAGGUUAUGUUCCAGACCAUUGGGAGUACUAUAGCCAUCCCAUAACUCGAUGGAUUUCUCGCUAUAUUUUCGACCCGCCUGAAAAGGAGUAUGAAAAGGCCUUAACUUUUCUUGAUGUGGAACGUCAGAAAAUCGAGUUAAGGCGGAAGGAGAAGGAAGUAAAUCGACUCAUGAAAGAAAGGGGGGACGGCCCGUGGUAUUUCUACGAAACCCCCAGCACAAGUCUUAUUGAUUAUGAUCCUAAAUCCACACCCGACAACUGAGCUUUCCAAACUUCUGCCUCAAAAGAGCGCACUGCAAAGAGCAACCGAAUUAUGUAAUAUAUCUCUGACUUGGUAACUCAAAUAAAAAAAAAUAUUGUUUCAGUUA